GUCGGUCCGAAUCCUCCUCAAUACAUAGGGACAGGUGGAGAUGGAUCUGGAAUUAACGGCAACACAAGCCCGACAGUAUUUAACAUAGGAGGGAAUAACCCACCAGGCGUACCCGGUGUUCCAGUAGGAAACAAUCAGAAUGGUGGACAAGGUACUUAUCAUCCAGGAGUUCAUGGGACUUAUCUACCAGGAGGACAGGGUAAUUAUCAACCCGGGGGUCAGGGAAUUUAUCAACCCGGGGGUCAGGGAACUUAUCUCCCGGGAGGACAAGGUAAUUAUCAACCCGGCGCAGCAGUUCUUAAUCGACCCGUUGGUCAGGGUACUUAUCAGACAGGCGGACAGGGUAACUAUCAACCCGGUGGUCAUGGUAAUAAUCUGCCUGGCGUUCAGGGUAAUAGUCAACCUGUUGGACAAGGAAUUAAUCAGUCCGGCGGUCAAGGUACUUAUCAACCGAGCGGACAGGGAACUGUUCAACCCGGAGGUCAGGGUACAUUUCAACCAGGGGUUCAAGGUAUUUAUCAACCAGGAGGACAGGGUAAUUAUCAACCUGUUGGGCAAGGAACUAUUGCAACCGGUGGGCAAGGAACUAAUCAACCUGGUGGCCAGGGUACUUAUCCAGCAGGGGGACAGAGAAAUUAUCAACCCGGUGGACAGGGAACUUAUCAAACCGGUGAUCAGAGUAACUACCAACCUGGGGGCCAGGGCAACUAUCCACCUGGGGGGCAGGGUAGUUAUCCACCCAGCGGGCAAGGAACUGCUCGACCUGGUGGUCAGGGUACUUACCAACCUGAGGGACAGAGCAACUAUCAACCUGGUGGGCAGGGUACUUAUCAAACAGGGGGACAGGGUAACUAUCAACCCGGUGGACAAGGAACCAUUCAACCCGGGGGUCAGGGUAAUUAUCAACCUGGUGGACAGGGUAACUAUCUACCUGGUGGCCAGGGUACCUACCAAACAGGGGGACAGGGUAAUUAUCAACCUGGUGGGCAGGGGUCUAAUCAACCUGGCGGUCAAGGUACUUAUCAAACAGGGGGACAGGGUAAUUAUCAUCCCGGAGGACAAGGAAAUAUUCAAUCCGGCGGUCAGGGUACUUAUCAACCAGGGGGACAGGGUAAUUAUCAACCUGGUGGGCAAGGGACUAAUCAACCUAGUGGGCAGGGUACUUAUCAAACCGGGGGACAGGGUAAUUAUCAACCCGGCGGGCAGGGAACUAAUCAACCUGGUGGUCAGGGUAACUAUCAACCUGGGGGACAGGAUAAUUAUCAACCUGGUGGCCAGGGGCCUAAUCAACCUGGUGGGCAGGGUACCUUUCAACCUGGGGGACAGGGUAAUUAUCAACCCGGCGGGCUGGGAACUAAUCAACCUGGUGGUCAGGGUAACUAUCAACCUGGGGCUCAGGGUACUUAUCAUACUGGGGGACAAGGUACUUAUCAACCUGGGGGACAAGGUGGUUAUCAACCAAAUGGACAGGGUACACCAGUGUGGAACAAUCAACCGGGCAGACAGGGAAUAGAACAAACAGGUCUUGAUUCUAGUGGAACCCAAAGUCCGCCACAGAACGUGAUUGAUCCCAAUGCUAUAACAGCUGACGGAGAGGAUUCACAAGCAGAAUCGAGUAUCACACAAAAUUCAAAUGGAACCAUGGCUAUGGCUUCUUCCAAC